ACUCUUCUGCAUUCCAACAACCAACAUUUCACUCACUACUUCAAAACUCAAAUUUCCAUUCAUUAUCCAAAAAUGUCGGCUCGCGAGCAAGGCUACAGAGCUGGUGAAGCCAAGGGUCACGCUCAGGAGAAAACCGGGCGCGCGGUGGAGACGGUGAAGGACAAAGCUCAGGGGGCGAGGGACAAGGCCUCGGAGGCAGCGGAAGCAACGAGGGAGCGCGGCCGCGAGACCAAGGAGCAGACGGGGAGCUACGGGCAGGCCGCCAAGGACAAGGCCGCCGGCGCGGCGGAGGCCACCAAGGACAAGGCCGCCGGCGCGGCGCAGGCCACCAAGGACAAGGCCGCCGGCGCGGCGCAGGCCACCAAGGAGAAGGCGUCAGAGAUGGCGGAAGCGGGAAGGGAGACGGCGGCGGCAGGGAGGGAGAAGAGCGGCGGGUUCCUGCAGAAGACUGGGGAGCAGGUGAAGGGGAUGGCGCAGGGCGCGGCGGAGGCGGUGAAGCACACUUUUGGGAUGGCGGAGGAGGAUGAAGAGGAUGCGCUUAAUAAGAAAAGGGAUAAUUAUUAGGGUGUGGAAUUUGUGCUGUGGUUUUGUUGUUUUUUGUUUAUGGGGUAUUCUUCUUGCCUUUUUUCGUAAGAAGCCCACUCCCAACUCUCUCCCCCUCUCAUCUUAACGGCAGUUGGGAGCUUUGUUUUAUGUGUAUUUCAAAUAAAACUUAUAGUAUAUCUUUCUCCUA